CGUGGUCGGGGUGGGGUUCUGUCCUGUAGUACCUGGGGCACUAAGGAGGAACUUUUACCUCAGAAGAAGCGUCCGGUUCAUUACAUUAUUCAUUCUUAAAUCUUUGGUGAAGAAAGUUGGUUUUAUUUUUCUAGGAAAGCUAAAUCGUGUAAAUACCGUGAUUUAUUUAGUCCGAGCUUCAUCACUACAUCUGCUGCUUCAUCUCACGGUUACAGAAUGGGUUUGAACACAGAAAAGAAUGACAGAUGUGGGACCGUGUGCCUGAAGUACCUCCUGUUCAUGUUUAACUUCCUGUUUUGGCUGGCAGGGGGCGCUGUUUUGGCUGUAGGAUUGUGGACUCUAGUAAAGAAGAGCGACUACAUCAGCCUGCUGUCCUCCAGGAUCUACGCCGUGUCGGCCUACAUACUGUGCCUGGCCGGGGUUAUCGUCAUGGUAACAGGGGUUCUGGGCUGCUGCGCCACCUUUAAGGAGAAAAGGCGACUUCUGAGAGUGUAUUUUGUCCUGCUGAUGUGCAUCUUUCUUCUGGAGGUCCUGGCUGGAGUUUUGGCGUACAUCUACUACCAGCAGCUGAGCGACGAGCUGAAGACUAACCUCAAGAACACAAUGGUGAAUAAAUACCAGCUGCCGGAGCAGAACCACAUCACGGAGGCUGUGGAUAAAUUACAGCAAGAGUUUAAGUGCUGUGGCAGCAACAGCUCGUCUGAUUGGAGGGACAGCAUUUGGUUCAACGAAACAGAGUCAUUGGAUAAAAGAUUCGUACCAGACAGCUGCUGUAAGACCGUCACGGAGCUGUGUGGAAAAAGAGAUCAUCCCUCAAACAUUUACAAAGUGGAGGGCGGCUGCAUCGCUAAGCUGGAGAACUUCAUUAUGGACCACUUAAAGCUGAUUGGUGCUGUGGGAGUGGGCGUGGCUUGUGUACAGAUCGUGGGGAUGAUUUUCACAUGCUGCCUCUACAGGAGUCUGAAAGCAGAGCCGUACUGAACGCCGUCUUUAUCUCACUUUGACGUAGCAGACGUUAUCACACACCGUUAGAACUUCAUGUUGGUUGUUUUUGUGCCACUCGGGAACCAAAAGUGCCUGUUAAUGAAGAGGAUCAGUAGGUGAUAAGAGUUUAGAGAACACUUGAAAUUGUAGCUCGUUUGCGUGCCUUUUAAUGAAAGAAUGAAUUUCAUUAACCCCUUAAUGACUGACUACUGUUUUAUAUACGAUAUCCAAUAUAUGGGAUAUUUAUUUGUUUUGCAUAUUCUUUAUAAUUUAUACCGUUUUAUUUUUUAAAACACAUCUGAGCAUUUUAACUCCUGGCUUGUCAUCAGAUACAACGUACAAGCUUUUAUAACCGGUGUAAGGUUCCAGGUCCAGCAGAUCAUCACUGAUAUCAUGUCAGUUUUAGAUUAUCGUGUUAUAACAGACGGGAAAAUUAAGUUUUGUAUUAAAUCUUGUCGUGACUGAGAGCUUUACUCUGUCUUACAUUUCACUUCUGUAACAGCAGAAAUAAACACAAUCAUUUGUUUUA